GGCCGCCCGGCGCUCUUUGUUCCCGAGGUGGCGGCGUGGAGGUGCGGGUGCAGCCCGCGGGGGCGGCCGCCCGCCUGGCAGAGGGCCCCGGCCGCGCGCUCCCUCCCGCCUGCCGAGGCGCAGGUGAAAUGAUGUCACCAGGAGAACGCGGAACCCGGUCGCCGGGGCCCUUUCGCGCGUCCUUCUGCCGCCGCAGCCGUCUGUUCGGGCUGCGUUUUGUUCUCAGGGGAUGGAAGUUCUUCCUUUCAGGGCCGAAGAAUGAGAGAGAUAUCUCCCGGGGCCAAUUCAACACCUCUACCUGGCCAUCCUAACAAGGUGAUUUGUGAAAGGGUGAGACUUCAGAGCCUGUUCCCUCUCCUCCCAAGUGAUCAGAAUACUACCGUUCAAGAGGAUGCUCACUUCAAAGCUUUCUUCCAGAGUGAAGAUAGUCCAAGUCCCAAGAGACAGCGCCUCUCUCAUUCAGUCUUUGAUUAUACAUCAGCAUCACCAGCUCCCUCACCACCAAUGCGACCAUGGGAGAUGACAUCAAAUAGGCAGCCCCCUUCAGUUCGAUCAAGCCAACAUCACUUCUCAGGGGAACGAUGCAACACACCUGCACGCAACAGAAGAAGUCCUCCUGUCAGGCGCCAGAGAGGAAGAAGGGAUCGUCUGUCUCGACAUAAUUCCAUUAGUCAAGAUGAAAACUAUCACCAUCUCCCUUAUGCACAGCAGCAAGCAAUAGAGGAACCUCGAGCCUUCCACCCUCCGAAUGUAUCUCCCCGUCUGUUACACCCUGCUGCUCAUCCACCCCAGCAAAAUGCAGUAAUGGUUGACAUACAUGAUCAGCUGCAUCAGGGCACUGUCCCUGUUUCUUACACGGUAACAACAGUGGCACCACAUGGGAUCCCACUCUGCACAGGCCAGCACAUCCCUGCUUGCAGUACACAGCAGGUCCCAGGAUGCUCUGUGGUUUUCAGUGGGCAGCACCUCCCCGUCUGCAGUGUGCCUCCUCCAAUGCUUCAAGCAUGUUCAGUUCAGCACUUACCAGUACCAUAUGCUGCGUUCCCACCCCUUAUUUCUAGUGACCCAUUUCUUUUACAUCCUCCUCACCUUUCUCCCCAUCAUCCUCCUCAUUUGCCACCACCAGGCCAGUUUGUCCCUUUCCAAACACAGCAAUCACGAUCGCCUCUGCAAAGGAUAGAAAAUGAAGUAGAACUCUUAGGAGAACAUCUUCCAGUAGGAGGUUUUACGUACCCUCCGUCGGCUCAUCCCCCAACAUUACCUCCGUCAGCUCCUUUGCAGUUCCUAACCCAUGAUCCUUUGCAUCAGGAGGUGUCCUUUGGAGUACCUUAUCCUCCAUUUAUGCCUCGGAGGCUCACAGGACGUAGUAGAUAUCGAUCCCAGCAGCCAAUACCACCUCCCCCUUAUCAUCCCAGCUUACUACCAUAUGUGUUAUCAAUGCUUCCAGUGCCACCUGCAGUGGGCCCGACUUUCAGCUUUGAAUUGGAUGUGGAAGAUGGAGAAGUAGAAAAUUAUGAGGCCCUGUUAAACCUGGCAGAGCGACUGGGAGAGGCUAAACCCCGAGGACUGACUAAAGCAGAUAUUGAACAGCUUCCUUCUUAUCGGUUCAAUCCUAACAACCACCAGUCAGAACAGACUUUGUGUGUAGUAUGCAUGUGUGAUUUUGAGUCAAGGCAGCUACUUAGAGUUUUACCCUGUAACCACGAGUUCCAUGCCAAGUGUGUCGACAAAUGGCUUAAGGCAAAUCGUACUUGCCCAAUCUGCCGAGCUGAUGCUUCCGAAGUGCAUCGGGAUUCAGAAUGACCAACCUAAGAGCACAAAUUUAGUUUGGGUGUUCCUCAUCACAUGUAUAUACGGACUCUUCAUUGAACUUAAUCUGUGUGGCUUCCAGCCCUCCCUUUACCAAAAGGGUCAAUGGACCUUUCUUUGCACUGUGUGACUUAAUCAACUAUAAAAGCUUACAAUUAGUCUUCACAAUUAUGGGAUUGUUAUACUAACCGUGUGAUUGGAACUCCAAAGACUUUUUCUUUAGCUUAAUUUUGUGUGUGCACUAACAUUCCCUGGUUUUUGUGUGAUCAUUCCGAGUGUUGCUGCAAGAUUACAGUGGACGUGAUCUUUUAGCAUGUGCUUUUAUAAAAAGUGGUAGCUCCAGAUGAUAUAGCAAUCUACCUUAUAUAGAGCCUUCAGAAACUGUGAGUGGAAAUGAAUGCAGCGUAUGACUGUUGGUGAUAAAUGUAUCUGUGUGUGAGAGAGUGUGCGCAACUACUUGUGUGAGGGCAUGGUAGCUAAAUGUGUGUAUGAGAUCCUAUAUACCAGCAUGUACCAAGAAUGUGUGUGUAGUUUUAAUUAUGCUGCAAUGUAUAAUCUGGUGUGUUAUUUAAACAGCACUAGUACUGUACACUGGUUUUUUCCCUUGUGUUUGCUGUUGCACACUGAUUGCUAAGGGUGCAUCAAUGAUAAGCAUUGAAUACUCCAUACCCUUUCUUCCCAAUGAAUGGAAUGAGAAAAGCCUUCUUCCUUUGCUUCAGGCAGCUGUCACCUUCUCUUCGUUGGUGGUCCCAGGUGGGUCACUUAAGAAAAAAAAGUGUAACAGAUUUCUCACUCCAUGAACCUGAUUUUUUGAUUCUGUUGUGAAAAAUUUUUUAAUCUCCAACUUGCUGUUUCCAAAAAGAAGGUGCAAUAUCAUACAUCAUCAGUUAGCAAUAUUAGCAUUUCAAUCAGUGAUUUGAAUGUUGAUACUCUCUUGUUUUUUCCUUUACAUUUCCAGUAAGCUUCUUACAGGAAGUACCUGUGAUUUUUUUUUUUUUUUGAUGUUUAGAUUUGUAGUCUAUUCUGAAGAUAUUUGAGUAAUAUAUUUCUCAGUAUACUGCUGGUCCCAUGAAGUCUCACUUCUCUACUUCCACCAGAACAAAAUCUGUUAACUAAUUCAGCUUGACUUCUGUUAUGUUCUUUGUUAAGCUCUCAUAGGCAACUAAAUUGUUUUAAGGAACUGUAUUUUUUGUUUGUAUCGAUUCACCUGCCAACCUCCAAUUCUGAAAGUUGUCUAGUUCUUCCCUCAGUAAAUGUGCUUCUCAUGGAAACCCUCAUUUCCAGGAUGGAUCAAGUGCUGUGACAGCUCAAAUUCUUAGACCUGAUGUGCUUUGAUGUUCUAUUGCUUUUUUAAAAUGUUUUUGUUUGAGAAAAAUUUAAUAUAACAGGUCCAGAAUACUUGCAGUAUAAAUGAAGAUUUGAUUUUUGUAUAAAAAAUAAUGCUGUAAAACAGGAAUUGACCUUCAUUUAGUUGAUCUGAAAUAAUACAUAGCUAUGUGGGUUUGUUUUUUUAA